AUGCCUCCACCCCCUCCAAUGGCAAUGUCAUUACCUCCACCUCCAAUGCCGAACUGUCCUCAGUCCUCUGUAGGAUCAUCCCUCUCACAGACUGCUCAUCCACUCCACCAACCUCCAUCCACUCACUCAAACAACUUGUAUGGAGCAGUUCCAAUGGCUGUACCCCGCUUCUGUCCUCCCUACUCUCCACCCAUCAACUCCCCACUCUAUCAGUUCCAGCAGCCUCCAUUCAUGACAGGCUUUACUGCGUCCCAUCGACCAGCACAGCAAGUUGCAUCGUCAACGUGUAAUCAGGACCCAAACUAUGCACCACAGCCUGCUACCUUCCAACCUGAAAUCAAUCCACCUGCACCAAGUGUGAGUACCUGCAAUCAGGACUUUCUACCAUCACAUCUAUACUUCUCGUUGCAACCGCCUAUCCAGGAAAUUAAACUCGACCAUCCAAGUACAGAUAUACCUCCAGCUUUUACGCUUACCUUUGCUGGACCUGUUGAUGCUCCUGUCUGCGGCGAUAACAAAUCCAAUAGUCAACCAAAUUACACAACUGGUACAUUCCUUUGUACGCAAAUCAUUCCAUGA